AUAUUUAAUAAAUAAAAUAAUUCUUUCUCCAAUCUCGCUCGUUAGCCCGCAGCCCGCUCGCUCGCUCGCAUCGUUGAAACUUUGUUUCUAGAGUGGAAAACCGGAUUAAAGAUGAAGUUUUUCCCGUGAAACCGCUAAUAGAUGGCGUUUCACAAUCAUCUCUCGCACGAGAUGGCGCUGCAGCAUUUCACCGAGCAGCAUUUAGGGGAAAACACGGCGGUUUUAAGGAGUAUAAUACCGGAACAGCUAGGACAGACUUCGUCAGACGGGACUGGAGGUGCGGGGAAAGAACAGAAGGAUAUACAGAGAUUAAUGAUCGAGACAGGUGGAAAACCAAAGCAGCAACAACCGCCACCAGGACAGCAGCACCAUCUAGGUGGAGGAGGAGGCGGAGGUGGACCGACGUGGCUAAGCAACGCAAUUCUUAGGCAGCAGAACCAGUACGUUGACGGCAGCUUCCUACACUUGCAAACCAAUUCGGAUUCGCCGACGUCGGCCGCUUCGAACCAGUGGCUACCGCGGCCGAUUCUUCAACGGAACGCUAGCGAUGUCGGUGGCGGUGACGAUGUUCCUGUAUCGAGUGACUCGAUGAUUGCCGCUGCGAUGUCUCACAACUCGGCCGAUUUGAACGCUAAUAAUGAUAAUAGGAACAGUGGUAACAACCAGAACCCGGGGGAUAAUAGCGGUGGCGCAGAGUUGGCGGAGAGUGAAGCCGGAGGUGGAGGGGAUGGAGUUGGUUCCUGGCAGAAUGCAAAGUAUAAAGCUGAUAUCUUGGCUCAUCCGCUUUACGAGCAGUUGCUUUCAGCGCACGUCGCGUGCCUGCGCAUUGCAACUCCAGUCGAUCAGUUGCCGAGGAUUGAUGCACAGCUUGCGCAGUCGCAGCAUGUCGUCGCCAAGUACUCAGUACUUGGUCAUGGUAACCAGCAGCUCGUAAGCGACGAUAAAGAGCUUGAUCAGUUUAUGACACAUUAUGUUUUACUGUUAUGUUCCUUUAAAGAACAACUGCAGCAGCAUGUCCGUGUCCAUGCAAUGGAAGCAGUAAUGGCCUGCUGGGAGCUUGAGCAGUCUCUACAGAGCCUAACAGGUGUCUCACCAGGUGAAGGCACAGGCGCAACAAUGUCAGAUGAUGAUGAUGACCAGGCAGAUAGUGAUGCCAACUUGUUUGAUGGAAGCUUGGAUGGGACAGACAGUAUGGGUUUUGGUCCUCUUAUCCCAACAGAGAGUGAGAGAUCCUUGAUGGAACGCGUGAGGCAAGAGCUGAAGCAUGAUCUGAAACAGGGUUACAAGGAGAAAAUUGUGGACAUAAGGGAGGAGAUUCUACGCAAAAGAAGAGCAGGAAAACUCCCAGGAGAUACAACCUCCCUCUUAAAGGCCUGGUGGCAAUCACAUGCUAAGUGGCCAUAUCCAACAGAGGAGGAUAAGGCCAGGUUAGUUCAAGAAACAGGCUUGCAAUUAAAGCAGAUUAAUAACUGGUUCAUCAACCAGAGGAAGAGAAACUGGCAUAGUAACCCAUCAUCAUCCACUGCCCUGAAGAGCAAGCGCAAGAGAAGUAAUGCAGGUGAAAACAGUGGCGAACGCUUCCUGUAGCUGAUGUGCCAAAAUUAAGAUCCAAACACAGAUGAUCCAUCCAUGCUUUGCAAUCCAAUGGGUGAUCCAGCAUCAUAUAAUACAAUGUAGUGCAUAGGAAAGUACAGAAUACGACUGCUUGGUAAUACUGCAGGGUUGCACAUGGAGAUAUUGAUUUUGCUUUCACAGAGAAGAGGCUAUGUAGUGAGGCAGCUGUCUAGUAUUUACAAUUGGUUGGUUAGAAUAUCGAUCACUUCUGAUUGACAGGUAUGCUUACACUAGAAGCCACAGAGGUAUCUACAACGCAUGUAGUGCUAUCAAAUUAAGCAGCUCAAAUUUGAGAAUAUAACCUGUGGAACAGAAGCUACCUGUAUCUUUGAUCCUCUCCUUUUUUUCAUUUUCUUUCUCCCCCUCACUGCAUUGGCAGAUUUAAGAUUUUUAUUCUAUAUAUCUGUCAAUAAGAAUAGUUUACAGGUUGUGGGUGUAGAGUGUAAUAAUUUCUUGCAUGAUACUCCCAGCAGUUUUUAUUUUUUACUAGUGACCAUAGCGUGAUCAACAAUGUCUUUUUGUGGAGGUAAAGCUACAGCAUAAUACAGAGAUGAUUUAUAUAGUCUAUAUGUCAAAAAAAGUGUUUCUAAGCAAGCAACUAAUCUGCACUAUUUUCCA